AUGGCUUACUCUCUGGUAAACUCGUAUGCUGGAGACGCCCUCAUCAGCGGCUUCAACUGGAUAGACACGCCCGACUACUCAAACGGCUUCGUCCGGUAUCAGAGCCAAGCCAACGCGGCUAGCCAUGGCCUCUUCGCCGUCGACGAGCAAACCGGCGUCGUCCGCAUCGGCGUCGACCACACCAACACAUAUGACGUUUCCAGCGGACGCCCGAGCAUCCGCAUCGAGAGCAAGGAUGCCUACAACCACGGCCUCUUCAUCGGCGACUUUCUUCACAUGCCACCGUCUCAGUGCGGUGUAUGGCCAGCUUUCUGGGCGUAUGGAACCAACUGGCCCGCCGGCGGCGAGAUUGACAUCAUCGAGGGCGCCAACACGGCCCACCGCAACAUCAUCUCGGCGCACACCACGCCGGGCUGCCAGCUUGGCCCCGACGUGCUGAGCAUGGCGUCGGGCGCGGCGCAGAGCACAAAUUGCGACGUCGGCACGCAAAACAUUGGCUGCGGCUACGUGCCCGCCGCCGGCGACACCUCGUCGUACGGCGACACCUUCAACGCCGUGGGCGGCGGCAUCUACGCCAUGCAAUGGGACGACGAGUACAUCAAGGUCUGGCACUUUGACCGCGCCUCGGCGCCCGCGGAUAUCGCCGCCAAGAAGCCUAAGCCUGACACCUGGGGUAAGCCACAGGCCGUGUACGGCGGCAAGAGCUGCGACGUCAAAUCGCACUUUCGCGACAUGAGCAUCGUCCUCAACAUCAACUUUUGCGGCGACUACGGCAACGCCGUGUGGGCCAACGACGGCUGCGCCGCGCUGGCGCCCACCUGCUCCGAGUGGGUGGCCAAGAACCCGGCCGCCUUUGCCAACGCCUACUGGGACGUCAACUACAUUGACGCGUAUGUCCAGGGCGCUGCCAGCCCAUCUGGUAGCAGCGUCCCGUCUGGCAUCUUCCCGUCUGCCAGCGGCAUCGCCAAUCCCAACCAGCCGAGCAACAUCCAGACCGCUUCCUUCACGCGCCUCCCCGGCACUGCUCCCAGCAACAACGGCACCUUCACUCGCUUCCCCGUGGCCAACAACUCCUCCGCCUCCAUGCCCAACCCCACCAACCCAUCCUCCUUCGAGUCCACCACCUGGACGACCAAGACCUCGACCGACACCCGCACCGUCACCGUGCCCAGCGGCCCCAUCCCGACCGCGACGCUGCCCUCGCCCAGCGGCAAGCCGCACGCCAACCCGGCCAACCUCGACGGCUUCUCCUACCUGGGCUGCUUCGGCUCCAGCAGCGGCUUCAAGUCGUUUGACAAGGUGGCCGACAGCGCUGACAUGGACCUCGACAAGUGCAUCGACCUCUGCCGCGGCAAGAAGUACGCCGGCGUCUUCGACACGACCUGCUACUGCGCCGCCGAGCUCGACGCCGACACGCGCGUCAGCAUGGAUACCUGCGACACGGCCUGCCCCGGCGACAGCAGCCAGUUCUGCGGCGGCCGCGUCAAGAGCAACGGCAAGUUCAUCGGCGCUACGGCCAACAUUACGCUUCCGCGGACGUCAAGCGCCGUCUCCGGCGGCGUGCCCAUGCCCAUUGCGACUGAGGGUGAGUACAUGCCGGGUGGCGGCGCUGUCAAUGGCACCUCGGGCAACUCUACCAGGCCGGAGCAGCCCGCCCCCAGCGGCAGUGGAAGUCCCAUUGCCAAGGGCAACUCUACCGCUGCUCCCGAGACUCCCAAAGUCGCCAACACUGGCGCCAAGUUCAACUCGACUGGUCCUGAGAUUCUCCCCGCCUUUUCCAGCUCGCCUGCGUCUAGCUCGUCUGCUUCUGGCGGCACUAGGUCCAGCUCUUCCAUCGCACCUCCUACCACUGCCAUCAACCCUGUUGCCAAGUUCAACUCUACUGGCCCCGAGAUCCCGGCUCCCGCUCCCGGCAGCUCCAAGACUACCUCUUCUGACAUUCCGGAAGUCACCAUUCCUGUCUACCCCGUCGAGGCCAAGGUAAAGAACGCAACUGCACCCGAGAGUACGCAGCAGACGAGCGGCAGCCCCAGCCUCGGUAGCAGCAGCCCUAGCAGCAGUAGCGCGGCGCCCGCGUCGAGCGCCCCUGCCCCGGCACUGUUCCGCAACUCGACCUUUGUCGGCCGCGGCGUCCACGGUGCUCGUUGGGCGAUGCUGAAGAAUGCCCGCCGCGGCAUGCCGGUCCGCCGCGAGGCUGCCGACUUUCUGCUCACCGUCUACGCUGCGGUUGCCAAGGAAGAGCCUCCCAAGCAGCCUCCUGGUAUGGGCCUUCAGACCCCCCACUCCUCCGCCACCAUCAUGCGCACCCUCGACGCCUCUGUCGGCGCCGGGGGCAGCAUCAGCACUACCAGCAGUGGCAGCGGUAACGGCAACGCCGCCACCAGCACCACCAGCACUGUUGUGACGACCAUUACCUACCAGACUGUCCACCCGUCCAACCCGUCCAAGAUCAUCACGGAAAAGUACGUCACGACCAUUGUCAAGGCUCACUGCGGCUGCACCGAGACCCCCCUUCCCGUCAUGACUGUGCCCAUGGAGACCAAGGUCGUGUCUUGCUCAGCCUGCGGCCACAAGGGCGCCAACACUGUGACUGUGACUGUCCCUUGCUCGGUCUCCAUCGCCACACCGACUGCCAGCAACGUGCCACCCGCUUCUCACGGAAUUGCACCGCCUGCUUCCCACAGCAAUGCCCCCCCCUCUUCGGAUGGCAACGCCAAUCCCUCCUCCAACGGCCAGGUUCUCCCCUCUUCGAACGGCAACAAACCUGCCCCUUCGAGCGGCAAUGUGCCCGCCGCCGCUAAUAGCAACGCACCUACCGCCUCUAACGGCAACACGCCUCCUGCUUCGAGUGGCAACGUUCCUACUGUGGCACCCUCGACCGUCCCUACUGUUGCCGGUGCCUCGGGCCUGAAGGUGACGUCGCUGCUCUUCAGCACCAUGCUGGCCAUGGCUCUUCUUCUGUGA